AUGGCGGGCAGGCGGUUUGGCUGGAGCCGGGCGGUUCUUCUCCAGCUGAUUCUUUGUGUGAACCUAAUGGUGAUGCCACCCACCCAGGCCCGGACUCUGCGUUUCGUUACCUUGCUGUACCGACACGGAGACCGCUCUCCAGUGAAGACAUAUCCCAAGGACCCCCAUCAGGAAGACAAAUGGCCCCAAGGCUUUGGUCAGCUAACCAAGGAGGGGGUGCUCCAGCACUGGGAACUAGGCCAGGCUCUGCGACAGCGCUACCGUGGCUUCCUCAGUGCCUCUUACCAUCGGCAAGAGGUUUAUGUGCGAAGCACAGACUUUGACCGGACGCUCAUGAGUGCGGAGGCCAACCUGGCUGGACUCUUCCCGCCCGACGAGAUGCAGCGCUUUAACCCAAACAUCUCUUGGCAGCCUAUCCCCGUCCACACUGUGCCCAUCGCCGAGGACAGGCUGCUGAAGUUCCCGUUGGGCCCGUGCCCCCGCUUUGAACAGCUGCAGAACGAGACCCGGCGGACACCCGAGUAUCAGAAAGAGAGUGUUCAGAAUGCACAAUUCCUAGAUAUGGUGGCCAAUGAGACAGGGCUUACGGACCUGACGCUGGAGACCGUCUGGAAUGUCUACGACACGCUCUUCUGCGAGCAGACACACGGGCUGCCCCUGCCGCCCUGGGCCUCGCCCCAAACCAUGCAGCAUCUGAGCCGGCUGAAGGACUUCAGCUUCCGCUUCCUCUUCGGGAUCUACAAGCAGGCAGAGAAGGCCCGGCUGCAGGGGGGCGUCCUGCUGGCUCAGAUACGGAAGAACCUGACGCUGAUGACAACCGCCUCCCAGCUCCCGAAGCUGCUGGUCUACUCUGCGCACGACACCACCCUGCUGGCUCUGCAGAUGGCGCUGGGCGUCUACAACGGUGAGCAGGCCCCCUACGCGUCCUGCCACAUGUUUGAGCUGUAUCAGGAGGACAGUGGGAAUUUCUCGGUGGAGAUGUACUUCCGGAAUGAGAGUAACCGGGCCCCCUGGCCCCUGACCCUGCCCGGCUGCCCUCACCGCUGCCCGCUGCAGGACUUCCUCCGCCUCACGGAGCCCGUCGUGCCCAAGGAUUGGCUGCAGGAGUGCCAGCUGGCGGGCGGGUCCGCAGACACAGAGGUGAUCGUGGCCUUGGCUGUCUGCGGUUCCAUCCUCUUCCUCCUCAUAGUGCUGCUCCUCACCGUCCUCUUCCGGGUGCAGGCCCAGCCUCCUGGCUACCGCCACGUUCCAGACGGGGAGGACCACGCCUGA